CGUGUCGCCCCUCCAGAUCUCGCUCGACAAGAUGGUGGCGCUGCCGGCCACGGGCAGUCUGCAUGGCGGCCUGGAAGACGACGGCGGCUGGCACGAGGGCAGCGGCUCCGGCGACUGGUCGGUCUACGACGACGAGGACGGCAUCUACGAGUAUCCCGACUACGGCAGCGGCAGCGGCGACGGCGGCAUCCAUGACGCCUACCAGGACACAUUCGACGGGGAUACACUGCUGCCGCCAGAGCGGCCUCACGAUGGAGACGUGCACAUCGGGACCGACGAGGAGCAAGAGGAGGUCGUGCCGCGGACCAACGUACCACCGGCCACCACUGCGGUGCCGCCGAAGGAAAAGGCUGCAGGCGCGGCUGCGGUCAGCGCCAGCUGUUGGCCGCUGUUGCUGGCCAUGCUGGCCGCCGCCCGCUGGUAGAGCCGCAGUAGCUGCCCAGCGCAGCACGGGCGGCCCGAGUCUGCGAGCUUUCCCGCCGGCGUGUCGGCCGGCAGAGACGUCAAAGAUUGCCCGCCUGUGAUACUGUUUGUCUGUGGGGAGUGUGGAGGUCACGUGCCGCCGCGCGCCGGCGACCUGUUCAACUAAGUGCCAAACACGCCGCGUUCGACCGGCGCGGUGCCAGGACGAGGCGUCUCGCUGAUCGCCCGGUUGACCACUCUGUUGACAGCUCUGGAGACCCCUCGGGUGGGAGUCCAGAUGGUUGCCCAGGUGGCCGCUCUGGUGGCAGCCCAACUGGUAGCCUAGGUGACGGCUCGGGUGGCAGCCCAGGUGGUAGCCCAGGUGGCCGCUCGGGUAGCAACCGUGGUGCUAACCCAGGUGGCCGCUCGAGUGGCGGCCAGGGUGGCAGCCCAGGUGGCCGCUCGGGUGGCAGUCCAGGUGGUAGCUCAGGUGGCCGCUCGGAUGACAGCCCAGGUGGCAUCCCAGGUAGCCGCUCGGGUAUCAGCCCAGGUGGUAGCCCAGGUAGCCGCUCGGGUGGUGGCCCAGGUGGCAGCCCAGGUGGGCGCUCGGGUGAUCGCUGCCGGUCAGACUGAGCUGUCUCUGGCUCUCUAAGUCCUGCCGCGAGCGAGCGGCGUUCUCACGCCGCCGAGCUGGUGUCUCGUGUCGCCGAGUGGCCGCUGGGCCCUUCCGCCAGGGGCCAGGUCAGAGGCGGAGGUGGCGCCACCUGGCCGUACGGCUGAGUCUGUCAGAGUGGGAGCCGUCGAGCUCAGAGACCAGGAGCAGCCGCCACUGAGGAUCACGGCGGCCGAACAACACUGGACGGCUGGGCGGCAAGGCGACUGUGUUUGGGCUCAUCCCAUCUUUCCUGCCACGUGCGGUACACGUCGCUGGAAGACCCUUGCCCUGUCAGGGUCACGGCGGCUCCGUUGUUCGGUACUCAUCUUCAUAACCAUCGUGUGCUGUUCAUGGUUGAUAUGGUGCUUUCAGGGAAUUAGACUUCUAGUUUAGUGGGGUUAUCAUACUUUCAAGCAAUAAAGCCUCAUACCACUAACAAGGCGAAUGGCCCGUCCGGUGCAUACAUGAGCUGUAGGCAAGUUGCACCACUGGAAUGACCGUUUUGUACUCUUUGGUUCUGCGCGGGGCUUCAAGCUGACAGGGGCCGGAAAUUUUCUGUGAUUCGAUAUUAGGUGCAUGGAUGGCGAUUCUUGGAAUAUCGGAACGUGUCUGCGUUUACUGUUUACAGUACUGAGUUUGAGGAGGGUAUGGUUGCCGACUGCUAAAUUCACCUGACUGCAAGUUAUCGUUUUCAUUUCUGGAAG